CCUGCAGACUGGGAGUCAUGUCCCGGAAGCAGUCGGUACGGAGCCGGCCCGGCAAGAAAGCCGAGUUAGAGCGGAAGAGAGACGAGAGGACGGCCCGCCGGGCAAUGGCCAAUGAGCGGAAAAACCGGGCUGCAGAGAAUUCCGACGCCGAGGAAUUUGUCAGUUUCGCGAACCAGCUUCAAGUUUUGGGUCUCAGGGUUCGGGAAGUGCCAGGAGACGGGAACUGCCUGUUCCGAGCCCUGGGUGACCAAAUAGAAGGGCACUCCCGCAAUCACUUAAGGCAUCGUCACGAGACGGUGGAGUAUAUGAUCAAACACCGGGAUGACUUCGAGCCCUUUGUGGAGGAUGAUGUGCCUUUUGACCGACACGUUGCCAAUUUGGCCAAGUCUGGUACCUUUGCCGGCAACGAUGCUAUUGUGGCUUUUGCUCGGAAUAACCAAGUCAAUGUAGUAAUACACCAGUUAAACAAUCCUCUGUGGCAUAUCCGAGGGAGCGACAAGGCAGAUUCACGGGAGCUGCACAUCGCUUACCGAUACGGCGAGCAUUAUGAUAGCGUUCGGCGCAUCAACGACAACGCAGAGAUGCCAGCAAACCUACAGACAGAAAUGCUUUCUAAAGACAAAGCAAACCAGAGGAGCAGGCAGAAGAAGCCCAGCGUAUCCGACGACCGGUCAGAGCUACACGAUGAUGCUGUGCAGAAAGUGCGGAACGCCACUGGUUGUGCGGAUAUCCCUCUCAUACUGCAGAGCUUGGAGGCUGAGAGCUAUGACAUUGAUUCCGCUAUCCAUUCCAUAUUACAGAUAGAGGAGCUGAGGCUGAUCGAUAAUGACAAUUAUCAAGACUGUGCCGCCGACGCCUCCAACUGUCCCUACUCAUCGGGAUCUCUGCAUAGCAACGAAUAUGGCGAAUCAGACUGUCUCGGGCAGGAGCAAAAGGAAAACUCCAACCUAGAUGUGACUGAGAGGUGGACUGGGAAUGCAGAUCCAGGCCUCGCUGAAGGGGCCAGUGUAGAUGCCAGGAGCACCACGCAAGAACAUAAAGCCAGUAAAGAGCAACAAAAGCUGAGCAACAAGCAGAGGAAAGACCAACAGCGGCAGCAGAAGAAGAAGCGGCAGGAGGAGCGCCACCGCCAGAAAGUGCAGGAGAGCAGGGGGAAAGUGGCGCAGAACAACAGGCAAGAGGCUGAGGCAGAAAACUCGCAGGUCACCAUGGUAAAGGCUUUUGAAGCGCUAAACAUCUGAGGAUCCAAUCGGACUUGGUUUAGUUGGACUGAAUUACCCAGAAUUCCGUUCUGCAGCGAGCGUAUUUACUUGUCUGCCUCAUUCCCAAGCCUGUGGUGCCUGCACCCUGCGGUAUUAUCCAUGAGAGACUAUACGAGACUCGCCAUGCAUGCUGGGACAGCAUGGGGGCCCUCCGCCUUGCACUUUGCAAUAACCCUACACGGUUUGAUAAUUUAUAUUUUUAAAUAAAAGAAUAAUUUUUCUA